AUGGCUCUCGUGCCCCAUCCAUCGCCUCCAGGCGUCAUCGGCCUGCAGCCCGGCCCCCAUUUUGGCCAAAUCAACGGAGCCGCACCGGUUGAUGCGCAUAUGCAGCGCCAACGCCUUCUGGCGCAGUUGAACGAAUCCACCUGGCAAAGGAUAGGCUCGUUGAACGAGUUACUCGGUGACCACGAGGGCGCUCUGUUCGCAUAUGAGCAAGCUCUGAGACACAACCAAUGGUCAACUCAGACCUUGGGUGCAAUCUCAGGCAUUCUUCGGACAAAAGAGAAGUUCCCUGAAGCUAUGGAAUAUCUCAAAAACAUCCUGAAGGUCGAGCCUGCCAACGGCGAAGCGUGGGGUAACCUAGGUCAUUGUUAUUUGAUGAUGGACAAUCUGCAAGAGGCCUAUACUGCCUACCAGCAAGCUCUUUACUAUCUCGCCAAGCCCAACGAGCCCAAGCUGUGGUAUGGCAUUGGUAUUCUCUAUGACCGAUAUGGCUCCCUGGAACAUGCCGAGGAGGCCUUCUCUCAAGUCAUGCGGAUGCAGCCCGACUUCGAGAAAGCCAACGAAAUUUAUUUUAGACUUGGAAUCAUUUACAAACAGCAACAAAAAUUCGGACACAGCCUCGAAUGCUUCAAAUACAUUGUCAAUGAUCCGCCGCGCCCGUUGAAUGAGGAAGACAUCUGGUUCCAGAUCGGUCACGUGUAUGAGCAGCAGAAAGAUGCAACCGCAAAGUCGGCGUACAGGCGUGUUCUCGAGAGAGAUCCGAAACAUGCCAAAGUGCUACAGCAGCUCGGCUGGCUGCAUCACCAACAGAGUAACAGUUAUGCCAGCCAAGAUCAGGCCAUCGAGUACCUGGAACAGUCGGUCAGCUCAGACAAUUCAGAUGCACAAAGCUGGUAUCUGCUCGGCAGAUGUUACAUGGCACAGCAGAAAUUUCCCAAGGCAUAUGAAGCUUACCAACAAGCCGUAUACCGCGAUGGACGGAAUCCCACAUUCUGGUGCUCCAUUGGUGUGCUGUACUAUCAAAUCAAUCAGUACCGAGAUGCCCUCGAUGCAUACUCACGCGCCAUACGGCUGAACCCAUACAUCUCUGAGGUGUGGUACGACCUUGGAACUUUGUAUGAGUCUUGCAACAACCAGACGUCUGACGCUCUCGACGCAUAUGCCAGAGCAGCUGAGCUUGAUCCCACAAACACUCACAUCAAAGCCCGUCUCGCUCUCCUGAGAAGCGGAGCGGCAACAGGUCCUAAUCAGCACAAUGCUCCUGUCCCGCAAGAUGUUCACCCGCAAGCAUAUCAAAAUGGCGUUGGCCCUCCUGGUCCUCAAUGGGGCGGACCUUCGUCCUCAAACCAGCAACCACAACAACCUCAAGUCGAUCCAGCUCGGGUUAACGACUGGGCGAGAGGCAUCGCAGGCAUCAACCCACCCCCGGGACAACAACAACAAUCGCAGCCGCAGCCGCAGCCGCAACAACAGCCACAACAGCAGCAGCCUCUGCCGCCGCCGCAACAACAGCAACAGCAGCAACAACCGACCAACGGCUAUGAAGGACGCGAUACCAUGAGAGCUCCGCCUCGAGGUGCUCCUAGUCCACGUCAGGAUGGUCCACGUCCUUACGAUUCUUCGCGUCAGACACCUGUUCGAAAAUUGCAGUCCCCCUCGCCCAAGAUGCAGCCGGCUAACCCGGGCAUGUUCCCUCCUGGGCCCCAAACACUGCCGCAGAUCUCGAUGCAGGAUCGCCCCACGGCCUUCGGUAGUGGAGUCCGUCCGUCUCCUACCAUGAACGGAGCACCAGCGCCUCAUGCCAAUGGCAGUGCUUCCGGCUCAACCCUUCCACCCUAUGGGCGGCCAUUCAGCCCCCCUAGUGAGCUGCGGCCACUUAGAGACGAACGACCUCAGUCUCCAGGGGGAGGCUAUCGCCAACAGCCAUUCCAGUCUGGUCAGCCAUUCCCUAGCAUUGCUAAUGGUGUACCGUCGGCGGCGCCACCUCUUCCCGCUGCAGAAGGACCUGCUCGUGACGAUCGCCCACCCUCUUCUAUGAAACGGAGCCGUGAGUGGGAGUCCGAUACAGGACCUUCCAAGAAGAUAGCAAAUGAAGAGACUCGUGCGCGUCUGGAUGACCCAGUCCGUCGGAAUAGCCCACCGGGCCGCCUACCUACACCGAAAGAUCAUUACAGGCGGAGCUCAUCCGAGAUUCGUCGCGAGAAUGAACGACGAGCAAAUGAGAACUACCACCCCUCUGAGGCAGCACAUCACCCUUACAGUCACCCUCAGCAGAUCCCGUCAAUGCAGUCAAUCUUGGAUGCCCCAAAGGAGGAUCGGAAAGAACAGGUUGAGCAGGCAGCUCGCAAAGUCGAUGUAGACGAGGAUUAUGACAACAACAGUGAGGAUGAUAAGCGGGCUCCACCUUCAGCAGCUCUGAGCAGCCCUCAAGUCCCGGUACCUCCUCCAACAGUAACGCCAAAGCAAGAGAAUGCAGCAUAG